AUGAACACCGUUUCAAAGCUCAUAGAAGUGUCGCGAGAGUACAAAAUACCGCUGUGUCUCACUUUCACUGAUUUGAAGAAAGCCAUCGGUACAGUUGAGACCGAAGCGGUUUUGGAGGACUUGGAGAACCAUGGUGUUCCUAUUCUAUACAUGAAGAUACCUCGAGGCAUCAGUCAGGCGGAACGGAUGCUGGCCGAAUUUGAUGAAACGUGUAAAAGGAUCGUUCUUCUGCUGAACCUAGACAAGACGACGCCUAUGAGGAACGGAUGGGUUUCUGAUGCUCCAUUUACGUUCAACGGAGCCAAUACGUCCGAAUGUUCCAGCUAUGUAUACCUAAGUCGGAAAAUCAACAUGAUGAACGACCUAACCUCUGGACGGGCGAAAAGGAAACGAGCGGCUUGCGAAGAUACAAGAGCAUCGAGCAUGAAGUGA